UGUUUUGUUAUUUAUAGGAAAUAAUUAGAUAUUGUUAAACGUGCAAAAACUUUUCUGAUGGUUAUUUCAGUAUGAAUUUGUCAUUGAAAAUCAAAUAUAAAUAAUAUUGGAUUUUAUACAUCAAAGGUAUCUUAUCCCCGUUUUGUUGUUUUCAGUGGUUAUCUGGAUUAAAAUGAGCACAGUUUCGUAUUUGUACCUCAAGCAGCAUCAGAUAUGACAGAGUGUCCACAUUUAACGGAGUUGAAGCCAGAUACACAAGUGAUUACAGUUGACCUGGUAGAUUCACUCAUAGUAGACACUUUCUCCCGCACCGUCGGUACCAAUGUGAGUGUCAGGUGUCAACCCGGCCUGGUUCUGGUAGGGCCAUCCAGUGUUACAUGCAUGCAAAGUGGAUACUGGUCUGCUGAACCUUAUUGUGCACUUCCAGGUGACGUCACAACCUCCAGUCCUAAAUCCGGUAUGGACGAAACGCUCAUAUUAGUCAUUGUUCUUGCUGUCGUCGGCUUCCUUGUAGCAGCACUCAUCAUUUUUGUGUGUGUCGCCAUGUUCUGGGGAAGAAAUAAAAACCAUUACAAGAAACAUAAGCGAUACAGGGAUUCGACAGAGUAUUAUUUGGAAGACGGAUCAUCGCAGCCCUAUAGUAUUUCUAGAAAAGCUGAUGACAACAUGCAGAUGUAUCACACUAAUACAAUUCACCCUCCUAAUGAUGACGGUUGGCAACAUCAGCAUUUUUCACAACCAGAAGAUACUGAUGAGGUGCAUCACUCCAGUAAUGGACGCCGUUAUCAACAAAAUCCCGACAGACGUCAUUUCCGGUACAAAUGUCCACGCUGUAUUCAGAAAACGGAUUCUUUGAGACAAGCUCACUCACUGAAUGAUUUAGCAGAUGAAGCACAACGAGAGCAUCACAACAACGAGAAAGAUGAAGAAAAGCAAAUUCGCGACAACAGGAGGGACGGAUAUCUGUGGCGGAGAAGGUCUUCGUUGUCGAAUCUGAACAUUCCAAGACCAUAUUACGACCAGGGUUGGACACCAAAUUAUUCUGUUUACUAUGGACCAGAUAUGUCGCCUUAUAUCUAAUUAUUGAAUUUAUUAUUGAAAAUGGAAUUUAGUAAUUCUGCAUUUAUCAUGAAUACAUAUCAACAUGUAAAUAUAAUUUCGUCAAUUGUGUACGUGCAUAUACUUGGCAUUUUCUUUUCAUUUUGUAGCUUUAUUAAUUUUUGCAUUAAUACAUUUUCCUCUCUAUUCGUAAAAUCUUUCUGAAUAAAUUUCACGCUAAAUAACAGUAAAACAUAUCGUUCAGUCGGGCUGUCAUUGUGUCCUGUCUUCUCCGUCAACACGACAACUCAACAUGUUCGAAAUCAGUCAUCACAGGUUUGAGAUGAGAAAGCAGAUAUAGUAUCAUCUUAUACUGUUAUCUCAGUUACAAAGCGAAAUAUUUCUCGGUAGUCCUGAGUAAAACGACUUGAAUAACCUUACUGUUGGUAUGCACGAUUGUUCUGUGACUUCCACGUUCAUCCAAGGCUGUUCACGGAGUUGAUAGAACUAAUAUCAUUAAUAUGGUUAUAAAUGUUAGUAUGAGUCACACAAAAUAUACCGGACAUACUGCAACUAGAGGCUCCACAAGUGACAGUACCACGUCAACGUUUUACAUUACAUUAACAUCACAUACUUUUAACGUUUAGCUAAGUGAAAACCAACGCGGUUUUCAGGGUCAUUUCAUUUAAAAUUUUACGGAUAUUCGACACCAGAUCUAUGUAUUUCUAUUAUCCUAUUAUGCUUAACACAAGGCCUGACUUUCCUGAUCGUGAGGAAUUAAAAAAUAUUAAAAAAGUAAAUAUUGCGAAACUGAUGACUAUAAAGGUAUGUUCUUCCCCUCACACACAUCGUUUAUUGUUUUGGACAUGUCUGUCUGUCUGUCGCUAAGUAUCUUCCGGACUAAUUUUAAACUCAUUUCUAACAGAAGCGCAGUCGUACUAUAACCAGCAUUCUGACAACAACCCGCAUUCGUCCUAUAACCCGCAUUGGUUUUAUAAUCCGCAAUGGUCCUGAAACAUGCAUUCGCCCUAUAACGAGUAUUCGUUCUAUUAACCGCAUCAAUCAGAAAAAAGAAAACGAUUUGGUAUCUAAGGGUGGAAUAGCAUGGGAUAGUAGUAAUGCGGUCACUACGGUUAGGUGGAUAUCACAGUCAAACACACUCGGGUCAUUUAAUUUAGUUUCCAAAUUAAAAAAAAAACGUUUAAAUGUAAAGCACUGAAUAAUUAAAGUUAUAAGAACGUCACAAUUAAAGAACACUACUGACUGUACAAGAUAAACUUGCAUUUAAUCCGCGGGCUAUACGCAAGAAACAGUUCAAGGUUCGAGUAAGAUCAAGGCACUCCAACGGACAUCACUUUAAACGCAUCCUAAGAAAUUCCAGGAGCUGUUAGUAAUCUACAUUGUAUCGUUUCCUUUUAAAAAUGAUUAUAUUAUUUAAUUAAAAAAACACAUCAUUUAUUUUAUUUAAAAGGCGAUCAGAUUUCGAUCCCAUUUUGCGAUAACGUAAAGUGUGAAAUAUGAUUUGUUUAUAUAGCCGGGCUUAUGUAAAAAAUUGAGCUUUUCAAAACUGACCUUAACUGAUUUAUAGUAUGAAAAGCAGUUAAAUACAAUUUCCGUUUCUCGUGUUUAUGAUUUUAAUGAAUACUUUGUUCCUAAAUACUUGUAAUUAGCGCUUUUUAGAUAUCAACUCGAGACGAGUUAUUUUCAAACGGCUAAUUUUACAAUGUGAUGUGCAUUUUGCAAAUUUUAAAGUCACUCAGAAGUAUACAACAUCUAAACAUCUCAAGUUACAAGUGGGCGAGUAUUGCAGUGGCAAUACAGAACUUUCAAUAUAACUUUAACCUUUUACCGACAACCAUAGUUCAUGUGUCGACACAUUGUAUUAUCAUAGGGAACAUUUGUGUGUAGCACUAAAAUAACCCAUCAAUGUAUAUGAAAGUUAUGGAGUGGAAACAGUUUUGAUUUGACCUUCAAUAUUGACAUUGACCUACAUGCAUUAAUUAUGUACAUGCAUACUAUACAUAUUGCUCUCUAGUCACAUUCCAAGUUUUAAGAGCCUAGCUUGAAUACUUUCUGAGUAAUUGCAGGAUCCAUUCUUGCGGACGGGCAGACGGACGGACGGACAUACGAACGUAGGGGCAUUCCUAAAGGUCCCUCUGGUGUUCCAUCGGAAGGGGACUAAUCAAAGAAGUGUAAAUUAGUUUAUAGCUCUUUGGACUAAUCAAACAGUCAUGCGUCUAACAAUCCUCAAAUUAGAUUGUGUCAUAUUCCCAUAUUUGGACGCAUAAAUACUCGUACAGGCAGCAGAGAUUAUUUUCUUUUCAUCAGUUGAUUUAUCGACCUUAUGAAAUUUAAAAAAUUAUGGAAUUAAAAACAUUCGUCUGUUUCUUUAUUUUUACAACAGAAAAUG